UCUAUUAAACAAUGGCUAGUCAGACUACUAAUCGACUUCAUGGAAAUCGGCCUAUAAUCGCUAUGGUGACCUCGGAGUAUCGCAGACCAAUCUGAAUUACUCGAAAUCGCGGAGGUCUGUCUAUUCUCUUUAAGAUCGAGUCAUAAACCGGUAACACGAACCAGUGCAAAAUUAUUCGUUAUAAACAUUAGCUUGUGUAUGAUCGCGAUUCGUUCAUAAUAAGUUCGCCGCACGUUCGCCUUUACUGCUGUUUAUUAACAGUCGACGUGAGUGUCAAGUUGCACUCUCGCAAAGAAUUCGGCAAAAAAGUGCUGCGUCAAUCGUGGCGAGCGCAUAUCAAUUGGAGAACGGCGAUCAAGUGAAGCCCCGAGUAUAGAAGGAGCCGCUGGUUGACGAAAUGGCAGCUGCGGACGGUAAAGAUGUUAAAGACGUCAAGAACGACGCCGUCGCUUCAUCGGUGAAACUGUUUACGCGAGAGGAAGUGUCGAAGCGCACUGCCAGUACGAAAGACGUGUGGAUCAUCAUUCAUGACAACGUCUACGACGUCACGUCUUUCCUCAAUGAGCAUCCCGGAGGCGAGGAGGUACUGCUGGAACAAGCUGGUUAUGACGCCACUGAACCCUUCGAAGACAUUGGGCAUUCCAGUGAUGCGAGACAGAUGAUGGAGCAAUAUAAAAUUGGGGAAAUAGUAGAAGAGGAAAGAACCAAAAAUACAGGGAAAAAAAGUAAAGGAUGGUCUGGUGAAUCUGCGGACAGUUCUAGUCGAUGCUGCAUUGUGAUCUGAUGACUGGCAAUUACAGUGGUUCUUGGCGGUCCUGGUUGAUCCCGAUCGCCCUUGGGAUACUUGCAACCCUCGUCUAUCGCUAUUUCAUCAAUAUUUUCUAAUUAAACCAUUCCGAUCUGGGCCCUUUUCUCCACGUUAAUGAUUGUUAAUGCAUACAUUAUGCGUAUAUUAUAUAUUGAGUUGAUCAGAAAGUCCCUUCCGAUUUUUCAAUAUAAAUAAAAGAUAGAUAUCCGAAGGAAUUUCUGAUUAUCCUAAUAUAUUUGUAUGUAUAUAUAUAUAUAUGUAGAUAUGCACAUAUAUACAUACACAAGCACAUAUACGUAUAUGUCUGACGAUUAAAUUGUUGUACAUUUUAUCCAAAUGUAUGUUGCGCACCAUUUUAAUUGUUUUUUAUGAAUCAGGUAGCAUUUGCUGGCCUAGCAUUUAAAAAAAAACAGAGUGGAACGACCGAAUAUGUAUUAUAAUAAUAUAUAAAUAACGCGCAUUUAUAUACUUACAUGUAUACGUUUGUACACACUGGUAUAUACAUGCAUAUGUACAUGUAGCGUUCACACGCAACGCGUCAUUCCUUGAAUUAAAUGAAAUAAAUUAGUUUAAUUCCAUAGAA